GGCACAAGCGAUUUGAAUGACGAUAGUUAUGAUGGAGUUUUGGACUAUCUUCUGGCUUAACGCCAUAUUGGGUUGUGCACUUACCAAAGAUGUUAUCCAACCAGACUCUGUGAUACUUACACAUGUAGGACAUAGUGUUUCUCUCACUUGCUUUUGUCCAUCUAAUAUGAUGAUUAGUGUUCUUUGGCUUAAACAAACUUUCGGACAGAAGCCUCUUCUCAUGGCGUCAGCAUCUUAUUUCUCCCAAGAGACGUUUUACUUCAACAACUUUACCAAGGACUUUAGUGGGACUAAACGUUUAAGUGUGAUGCGAGGAGAGGACAGCUUUAACCUGACCAUCUCCAAGACUGAACCAGGGGACUCAGCUACAUUCUACUGUGGUGCUUUGUACAUCAACAGAAUAACAUUUGCACAAGGAACUGUCCUAAUUGUCAAAGGUUCAGAAUCCAAAAGCAAGUCUGUGCUUCAGCAACCAGUUUCUGAGUCAGUUCAGCCAGGAGACUCUGUGACUCUGAACUUUACAAUAAACACUGGGACCUGUGAAGGAGAACACAGUGUCUAUUGGUUCAGACAUGACUCAGGAGAAUCUCCUCCAGGAAUAAUUUAUACCAAUGGAGACAGGAGUGGUCAGUGUAUGAAGAGCCCUGAGUCUGGGUCUCCUACACAGAGCUGUGUCUACAACCUCCCCAAGAGGAACCUCAGCGUCUCUGAUACUGGGACUUACUACUGUGCUGUGGCCUCAUGUGGAGAGAUACUGUUUGGGAAUGGAACCAAGAUGGACAUUCAAGACCCGUUGGGCAAUCAGGUUAAUUCUCUACUCUUCAUCGUUAUUUAUUUCCUGACAACUGCUGUGAUUCUGAGUGUGAUUAUCAACAUUAUAUUCUGUAGGAGAAUGAAGAGGUCACAAUGUGAACACUGUGCAGCAGAAACCACUACUCAGCAUGGCGAUCAUGGAAAUGCUAAUGCCAGCAUGUCAAACAGACAGCUCCAUGAUGACACUACCAUGAACUAUGUCUCCCUGAAGUUCACUGACAAGAAAAGUGCCCAGUCCAGGAGACCAAGGAGGGAAAAGACAGAGAUGAGAAAUCAGAGAGAGGAAGAAACCAUCUACUCUGGUUUGAGUCACAGAGACAGGGUGUGA